UGAUUAAAAAACUCCUCUCAUAAAAAGCAGCACGUUUGCAACUUUAAAUCAUAAUUUUGUUUGCCAUGUACUUCAUUCUCUGCCUCCUAGCAAUUGGUGUCAAUGCUCAAUUCACUUCAACUGGUCAAUCAAGCAUUGUGGAUGCUCAUAACAAAUUGAGAUCCGCUAUUGCAAAGAGUACCUAUGUUGCGAAGGGAACCAAAAAAGAACCAGCAACUGAUAUGAGGAAAAUGGUCGUGGAUUCCACCGUAGCUGCGUCGGCUCAGAAUUAUGCGAAUACGUGCCCAACUGGACACUCAAAGGGAACUGGAUAUGGGGAAAAUUUGUAUUGGUCUUGGACUUCUGCGGAUGUUGGAUCCUUGGAUUCCUAUGGAGAAAUCGCCGCUGCCGCAUGGGAAAAGGAAUUCCAAGACUUUGGCUGGAAGUCUAACGCAAUGGAUACCACCCUAUUCAACAGUGGAAUAGGACACGCUACUCAAAUGGCUUGGGCAAACACCAGCUCCAUCGGGUGUGGAGUCAAGAAUUGUGGACGAGACGCAUCGAUGAGAAAUAUGAACAAAAUAGCUGUAGUCUGCCAGUAUAGUCCACCAGGAAACACUAUGGGACGGCCGAUUUAUAAGGAAGGAACUACGUGUUCCAGCUGUUCCGGAUCUACUAAAUGUGACACUGCUUCUGGGCUUUGCGGAUAAUGAGAGAUUUCACUUUUUGUGUCUGUAAUUUUUUAAUUUAUUUGUUUUGUUUUAAUCUGGGAAUUAAUUUACUAAUGAAGCAUUUGUUUU